AUGCCCGCCAUAAAAAUUCAACAAUUGAAUUCGUUUAAAUUACAAAAGGAAGUGGCCAAAUAUUCAAGGAGCCAAUGGCCACGCCAACAUUUGUGUAAUCAUUGCUCUGACGAGAUUGGGGCAGAACACCUUUGUCCCGGCCAUCACCACCACCCCGACCAUUAUCGUCGGCAGCUGGGUCGUCAGCGGGCAUUCGUCGCCUUCAUUUACAGUUGCUGGAAUUUUGCAACAAAUUAUUUAAAAAGUUAUUGUCGCAUUAAGCGUCAUGGUGUUAAUAACAAUAAAACUUUAUGCUGGCUGACAUUGACUUUGAUUUUAUUGAGCGGCACAGGAUCGGGCAACAGCAGCAGCACCAGCACUAGCACCAGCACCAGCAUUAGCAGCAGCAGCAUCGGUGGCAGUGGCAGUGGCAGCGGCAGCCUCCUGGCCAACAGUUUUGGCGGCGCUGCUACUUUGGAAAUCGGUACUUGUAAACAAGCUCUGGGCAUGGAAUCUGGCGCCAUUGCGGAUUCUCAAAUAACCGCCAGCUCAGCACAUGAUAUGGGGAAUGUCGGACCGCAACAUGCCAGACUCAAGGUGGACAACAAUGGCGGUGCCUGGUGUCCCAAACAUAUGGUCUCACGUGGACUGAAAGAGUAUCUGCAAAUCGAUCUGAUGCAAGUGCAUAAGGUCAGUGCUAUACGCACCCAGGGUCGCUUUGGCAAAGGUCAGGGUCAAGAGUAUACAGAGUCCUAUGUGAUGGAGUAUUGGCGGCCGGGCUUUGAAAAGUGGUUGCGCUGGAAAAGUAUUCAAGGCAAGGAGAUACUGCCCGGCAACAUAAACACCUACAGCGAGGUGGAGAACACAUUGCAGCCCAGCAUCUUUGCUUCGAAGGUGCGCAUAUAUCCCUAUAGCCAGUACGAUCGGACCGUUUGUCUGCGCGCCGAGAUCGUCGGCUGUGCUUGGGAAGAGGGCAUUAUAGCCUAUAGCAUUCCGAAGGGCGUUCAGCGUGGCAUGGAAAUCGAUCUGUCCGACAAGACCUACGAUGGACAUGAGGAGGCCGAUCGCUUUGUGAAUGGACUCGGUCAGCUGGUGGACGGGCAGCGCGGAAAGGACAAUUUCCGCACUGAUAUCAAUGGCUUUGGUAAAGGCUAUGAAUGGAUUGGUUGGCGCAAUGACACACCCAGUCUGAUGGGUCGACCCGUGGAAAUUACAUUCGAGUUCGAUAGUGUGCGCAACUUUAGUGCAGUCAUCAUACACACCAACAACAUGUUCUUGAAAGAUGUGCAGGUGUUCGUACACGCAAAAGUUUUCUUCAGCAUUGGCGGACGUCAGUUUGCCGGCGAACCGGUGCAGUUCUCCUACAUGCCCGACACCGUGCUGGAUCAUGCACGCGACGUGACAAUCAAAUUACAUCAUCGCUUGGGGCGUUAUCUGCAGUUGCAUUUAUACUUCGCCGCCCGCUGGAUGAUGCUCAGCGAGAUUACAUUUAUAUCAGUGCCUGUGGUGGGCAAUUUUACGGAUGAGGAGCUGCUCAAUGUGCCGCCCAACGGUGUGCCGGACACAUCGGAGUACCCGCUGCAGCGCGAUGAGGUGGGACGUGCGGUCAGCAGCGGAGGCGAGCGUAGCCAGCAUACCACUCAAGUUAUCUCGCCAAAACCCAUUGACCAUCAAGAACCGGAAACAAGUUUCGUUGGCGUCAUAAUCACCGUUCUUGCAACGAUUAUUUUACUGCUUGUCGCUGCCAUACUUUUAAUAAUUGCGCGCAAUAAACGCGGACGGGGACGUGGCAACGUUUUGGAUGCUUUCCAGCACAAUUUCAAUCCGGACACUCUUGGCGGCGUUGAAAAGCGACUGAAUGGCAAUGUCGGCUUAAAGGUGGUCACAACAAUGGAUGACAAUGAGUCGUCCAUUGACAAGAACAGUCUCUAUCAUGAGCCCUACAAUGUGAACAUGUACACGAGCGCGGCCAGCGGUUGCUCCAUGAAUGACCUGCAGCGUCAGCAUGUAACGCCGGACUACACAGAUGUUCCGGACAUUGUGUGUCAGGACUAUGCAGAGCCUCACAUGCAGGAGCUGCUGCCCAACGGAACACUGAGCACAGCAGUCGCACGCAAUUCUUUGAAUGCAGCCGUUGGCGCCACCGCAGGACCACCACCGGUGCCACCACCACCGGAGAAAUAUUACGCAGCCACACCAAUUGGUAACAGCAAGCCCAGUACCAUGCCCACGGCCGGCUCUCAAAGCAGCGGCUCACUCAGUCUCAGCUCCUCGACCGGGGCGGCCACCACGCCCACGGGAGGCAGCGGCACCGGCAAACCCCAUCAUUACAAUUUGGAUAUAAGCGCUAAUUUUGCCGACAUCAACGAGGAGCAGGCCAAUUGCCAAGUGCAGGAGUUUCCGCGCCAAUCUCUGGUCAUCGUCGAGAAGCUCGGCACUGGCGUUUUUGGUGAACUGCAUUUGUGCGAGACAAAUGUGUUGGGAGCCACUCUGGUGGCCGUCGCCACACUUCGUCCCGGUGCCAGCGAUCAUUUGCGCAAAGAGUUUCGCUCAAAGGCCAAACAGCUGGCUCGUCUAAACGAUCCGAAUGUGGCACGGCUAGUGGGCGCUUGUUUGCGAGACGAGCCCAUCUGCAUAGUACAGGACUAUUCCAAUUGUCUGGGAGACUUGAAUCAAUUUCUGCAGGAACAUGUGGCCGAAACCAGCGGCCUGAUGGCGAAUAAGAGCUUGAGCUAUGGCUGCUUAGUGUACAUUGCCACACAAAUUGCAUCGGGCAUGAAACAUUUGGAGCAAAUGAAUUUCGUACAUCGGGAUCUGGCAACAAGGAGUUGCAUCAUUGGACCGGAGCUCAGCGUCAAGGUCUGUUCCAUUGGCACUGUGAUAAACCGUUCGGCCUAUGUGUCGGACUACUGUCAAUUGGAGGGCACCAGCGGCCGUCAAACACAACCGAUGCCCAUUCGCUGGAUGGCCUGGGAGAGUGUCCUGCUGGGAAAAUUCAGCACCAAAUCGGACGUCUGGUCCUUUGCUGUUGCCCUCUGGGAGAUUUUGACUUUUGCACGCGAACAACCCUACGAGCACAUGACGGAUGCAAACGUUAUUGAAAACAUUGGACAUAUCUAUCAGGACGACAAGAUGCAUGAACUGCUGCCCAUGCCGCUCAACUGUCCGCGCGAAAUUUACGAUCUCAUGUGCGAGUGCUGGCAGCGCAACGAAUCGAGUCGCCCCAAUUUUCGGGAAAUACAUCUAUUUUUGCAACGCAAGAACUUGGGUUUUAAGCCCAGCACCCACACGCUAAUGUAUUAAAAAGUUGUUUGGUAAAUUCAAGAAAAAAAAACAUACAAAGUUACACGCGAUUUUAAAAUUAUUUCAAAAUACUUACUCAUACAUAUACGGCAGAGAAUAAAAAGUAAAAAUCAAUGCGAAUUUUAUGCAUCUAAGCGAGAAUGCAUUUAAAAAACUAUCAAUUAAAAGUGAAAACUACGGCUUGUCGUCGUUAUAACGAUAUCCUUUCCAACACGUUGCAUAUCAACUAAGAGCACAAAUUUCUCUACUUUUCUCUACUUUAAUUUUUCAGAUAAAACACAUCGACACUAUAAACUAGCUAUAGAUUCUAAACAGAGCUACAUUUAUCGAUCGAUGAAUAUAAUUAUAAAAAAAUUGCUGUUGUCCGUUCAUUCAGCUUCAAAGGCUUCAUCCAAAUUG